UCCUUCUCUUUUCCCGUCUCCUCAUCACAAUAUUGGUUGGCCCCUGACCACUGGCCUUGGGUUGGCCGCCGGGGGGUGCUUCCGGCAAUAAUAUUAUUAUUAUAUAUAUAUGGCAGCUUUGUCAAGAACAUUAUCUUCAAUGGAUCCAGCAGAGGAGGGUUCUUCCACGGUCAUUGCCAUUGACAAAACGAAGAAUAGCCAUUUUGCCGUUAAAUGGGCAGUCGACACCAUUUUGAGCAGUUCUUCUCAUUGCAUUCUCGUCCACGUUUGCAAUCAGAGUUUUUUGGAUCCUCACAAUCAUGAAACCGACCACAGAGAAGGUCGCCCGCCAACUGAACAGGAGUUGCGACAAUUAUUCCUUCCUUAUCGUGGAUAUUGCGCUCGAAAAGGGAUAGAAGCAAAGGAGGUGAUCCUCCAUGACAUCGACGUUCCAAGCGCACUUAUCGAUUAUAUUGUUCGCAACUCCAUCAGCAAUGUUGUCGUUGGUGCUUCCAAUCGGAAUGCUCUCACGAGGAAAUUUAAAGAUGCAGAUGUACCAUCUACCUUACUCAAAGCUGCACCAGUAUCCUGUGCGGUAUACGUCAUAUCAAAAGGAAAAGUUCAGGCAGUUCGUCUAGCAGAUCAUCAACCUCGAACACUUGCUCGUGCAUCAUAUAAUCUAGGGAGCCGUUCUCUAAAGGAAGUUAUACAUGAUAAUCUUCCUCCUGAUACCCAAGACCCCGAUGAUACUUACAGGUACUCCUAG